AUGUUGUGGAUACUGGAAACACUCAAAGAAAAAUGGAAAUUCCAUCACCGCUUCUCGAACAACAGCAAUCACUUUGUCAUGCUCGAUCACUUAAUGACCAGCGGAGGAAUACGUCUCGAAAACGGUUGGUCCCAGCUGUAUAAAACUACUCGUCUGUGCCUGCUUUUGGGAGCAUCGCUGAUGUGGAUUAGAUUCUGGUUUAAUUUCAUGGAAGCUGGUUCCUUCGGAGCCGUUAUGAACAAUAUUCAUGUUUCUGCCAUUGUUUUGAUCACACUGGUGCGCGCGGGUUGGAUCCAGAUGAACAUGAAGGCAUUUACAGAGGCAAAAAACUACAUCAAUGGGCGUAGCUUCCGACCGCACGAUAGUAGUGCCUGGGAGAUUCGUCGUAAUGCCUAUCAGAAGAAUCAUUCGUUGGUUACAAUUUGUAUUGUUUCAGUAGCGGCUCUGUACGUGCCAGUUUUGUUGGUUGAUUCGCGUCGUAUUCCGCCGCUACGUAAUCCCAUCGAAGUUCGCGAAAUGACCAGCGAUGGCUUCCAAUUGUUACUGGACAAAUUGUAUGUUGUUACGUUAUUUCCCUAUGGACCUGCAACAGUCACAAACGUCAUGUCAACGUAUAUGUUGCUAGAAGGUUUCGUUGCCGAGAUGCAAAUCAUAGCGGACGCAUUUGGGGAGAUAUUCGACAAAAUGACCCAUCAAACGGGAGUAGAACAUUGGCGAGAAUUACAAGCUAGCUUCAGAACCUGCGCGGAUCAACACGUGAUCUGUUUAAAUCAUUUGAGGAACACUAGGUCCCUGCUAAAUGGAACUUUGCUGAUUGUGUACUAUACAACCGGGUUCUUUAUAUCCAUCGGGACGGUGUAUAUCAUGUGGACAAAAGACUUUGAAAUGUUUAAAAUACAAAUACUUUCCCUAAUGAUGUUCAAUGUUCUCGAGUGUUUUUUUUUCUGUAUUCUGGUGGAACGCAUCAAUAAUGUGCAUAACUCCGUUGGUGAACAGUUGUACAAUAUCGCAUGGCAUUCCGAACUAAAAUACUCAAAGGCUUUCGAGAAGGAAUAUAUCUCGAUUCGGGCCACCAUGAUGAUUGUGAUGCACUCGGCGGAUCACACUCUGGGCAUUAGCUGCGGAGGACUUUUUGAACUGGGAAUGGAACGUUUCUCCGAAUUGAUGAAGUCUUCAUACCAACUAGUUAUGUUCCUGUGGAACAUGGCUGGCAAUUGAGGCGUGUUGGUUCUGAAAAUUUACAACAGAAUAUAUGUCGUUUGCGAUGAAAUGCACCGGUAGUUACACUUUCCCUGGUUAAUAAUAUUUUCAUAAAACAAUUUGUUUGUUCAAUGAUUAAAUAACAAUACAUUUCACUUCACGCUUGUUAUUAUACACUCGACAAAAAAAAAGGAACAUGGUACGAAGUCGCAAAUUUCAUAUGAUUUUUAACAUGCUGUAACUUCGUGAAUAUCAACGCAUAUACGAGGGCAGUCCAAAAAGUACUUAGUCUCAUCGCUCGAUGGUGUCAGUAUCGCAAGAGAGCAAGAGUUAUCGUGUAGUACAUUCUCUUCAACGACUACUGUCCAAAUUUCAGCCGAAUCGGACUCGUAGUUUUGUUUUCACAGCUUGUUGAAAAAUGAAAAUUGAAUUAGAAAAAUGGAAAAAAGUCAAAUUUCUGCCCGGCGAGUGACUUUUUCUAGUUUGGAAACAAAAAAAGUCGCACGGGGUCAAAUCUGGUUAAUACGGUGGAUAGGGCAGCAGUUCGUAGUUGCAAUUCGACCAAUUUGACC